AUGCUUCCUCUCCCUGUCCCCAUCCUCACCAACGGCGUCAACACCACUCGACCAUUGCUUCAGAAGAUCGUCAGCAGUGGGCCAAGUGCGAACAGUCAAGUCGCAGCCAACAAUACCUCCCCAGCUGGAGAUGCCGAUGUCUCAUCUGCAUCGGCACUCAAUGGCCUGCUUCUGAGUGCUUCUGGCUCCCAUGGAAACCCAAGCGCCACCGCGCUCUAUACACAUAUUCAAGAGUUGGCGAACAAGAGGAUAGCGACAUUGGACUAUCUGCGCAAGGCGCACGAAGGGCGGACGUUUUGGUUCAACACUGUUCAAUUCAGUGAAUCUGACAUUGCCAAACUGCCCUCAUACACCCCGAAUCGAUUGGCACGACGGGCCGUCAAUUACAUGUUACUCGGCAUGUCUAUCCCGACCAUCCUCGACGUUCAUCCCCAGCCUCACCCGCAAAGCGCAGCUGCAGCUAGCUCGGCCGUGGCACAAGACUACCUUCGAAGUUUGAAUACUCUCCUGACAGAAUUCGAAUCCUUUCAGCAAUUGCACCCUCCGGAUGGAAGUACGGCGAGCUCUCUGAGUCGAGCACGAAUACCUCAAAUGUUCAAAAGAGCCGCGACAACGACGAGACCUCGAAAGUCCAGUGGGCCGGUGACAGAAAUCGGACUUCCCAUGCUCUCACAAACCUCGUCACCACCGACCAUUCCCGAAGCUGGACAGCACGUAUCUCAACCGUCCAUAGACACCACCACCAGUGGGAGCUCGUUUGCUUCAUUGGCAAGCACCUUGGUGACACCCUCUCCUUCUGCUCCUCUACCUUCUGCCAGCUUUCCGAGCACAUCAGCUAUCCCGUCCCCAGCACCGGUCGAUGCUCCUAAUUCGACGUUACUUCCCAGCGAGACUCCCUAUACACAUCUACAGACGCCACCUUUACCCUUCACGCCCGAUUUUUUUACCGUGUUCGCUACGCUGUGCGACGUGCUUAUCGACACCUAUCAGCGGUUAUUGCAGAUCUUAAAUGGUCCUGGAGCAUGUACGCCUAUGAUCAGUGACUUGUUUACGAAAGUGGAUGGACGAAUACGAAAGGUGGUGGUGUCUGCAAUUGUUCGGGAGUUUGAGACUACUUCGAGGGACAAUGCAAAGAAAGAAAUGUUGGGAGUACAGAAAGUUGUCCUAGGAGGAUUAAUGGCAUGA